AUUUCAGCGUGACAACAGCGAACAAGCGGCCGGGGGGUUAUCGUGUAAUCCAAAGACUUCUAAACUCCGUAGUAGACACGGGUGUGAGCUGCACUCCAUAAUCUUACGGCACAAGGUGAAACAAAGCUGCCGUACAGGUCCUUUCUGAUGUUGGGACGUUAUUGACGUUAUCGCGCACUUGUUUGAGUGUUUGUGCGGCGCGUGUGCUGUGGUGUUGUGAACGGCGGACCAAUGCUUCUGCAUCAGUACAUGAACGGAGCCCUGGAAGUCAUGCCUCCCACACCGCUCCACAAAGACACGCGUUUGACCAAAAUCUUCGUCGGUGGACUGCCGUACCACACGAACGACGCUUCCCUCAGAAAAUACUUCGAAGCAUUUGGAGAGAUUGACGAGGCGGUCGUUAUAACCGACAGACAGACGGGCAAAUCGAGAGGAUAUGGAUUUGUGACAAUGACAGAAAGUGCAGCAGCGGAAAGAGCCUGUAAAGACCCAAACCCAAUCAUCGAUGGAAGGAAAGCCAAUGUGAACCUGGCCUACCUGGGAGCCAAACCUCGCAGCAUGCAGCCCGGCUUAUCCAUCGGAGUGCAGCCCCUUCACCCCGCUCUCAUCCAGAGGCCGUACGGGUUGGCUCCACCGUACAUCUAUCCUCAGACCUUUGUGCAGCCCAGCCUGGUGCUGCCCACUCAGAUCUCCACCUCCGUCAGCACCAGCCCUUACCUGGACUACAGCGCGGCAUACUCCCAGUAUGCCCAGGCUGCCUUCGAGCAGCAGUACCCCUACGCUGCCUCUCCUGCUGCUGGUUACCUAGGUUACAGCUAUGCCACCAGCCCCACAGCCACAGCCGCUGGUCCAGCGGCUGCCACCACGGCUCCGCCCACCGUCCACCCCAACCUGCCCUCGGCCAGCGGCCCCGCCACAGCCUUCUUAUACGCUCCCCAGCAGCACAUCCAGCCGGACCGGAUGCAGUGAUGCUCUGUGGUUGUCACGGAUUCAGGGAAAAAUACAAACAGUUGGACUUUUGCACUAGAUCCAAAUGGGCCAUGUGCUCAUGGCUUCAAGGGCAGAGAGUUACGAGGACUGUUCCAGGUUCAAUUUGGGAAGCUUUUUACAUAGAGUAUGUCACUGCUUCAAAGUGCUUCCAAAGGCUGACUUCACUCUUUUAUCAUUAUUAUAUUAUUAAUAAUUAUUUUUGUCGUUUCUUCUUAUUGUAUCUGUCAUUGUCUAAGUGUAUGCUAUCCUUGUUUCGCUCAAUCAGAGGACAUGUUUUGGACAUGACCAACCUGGAGUCAGUGCUGCUUCAGGACUGACUGUUGGCUCUCAGUGCCCCCAGCACACAGUGUGACCGGAGCUGUGGCACAUGCACUCUGAAAAGUCUGUGUUUUUUUUGACUGAGGUCCAAGAAAAGCUGAUUUUCAUCAAAGUAAAGAAGCCUUAAGACAACUGUUUUUUAGCCAUAGACAACUGUUUUAUUAAACACCCCAAGGCGAAGCAAAAAUAUGGAUGAUAUGUGGAUAAUCAGUCUAUGGCCAACAAAAAGCAGGAAUGUGGUGCCCACGAUGGAAGAGCUGGCACUAUAGUAUAGUUCACUUCCUUAUACUUUAUACUUGUCCUUCAAAGAUUGUCUUUCUUUUUUCUUUUUUAUUUCAAAGGGACAUUCAUGUACAGCAUUUUCAAAUUACUUCAUUUAUACAGAACAUUUACAAUAUUUAUAUGUAGGUAUUUAUAAGAGGUACUAAGUUAAAGUAGUUUUAUGGUAACUGUGACUCGUUGUGGCACUGAUGUCGACUUUCUGCAGAUUCACUGUUGUUGAAUUCAUUGUUCAGUCAAAAUGCCAUUAGCUCUGAUGUACAGCAACUACACUAGUUGCUUAUUUGUGGAUGGUUGCAUCAGAAAUCGUAGAUAUUUUCAAUAAAUUGCCUUUUACAGUUUCUACAAAAAGCAAUAAAAAUUAAUAAAAUACAAAUUUUUACUUAA